ACUCAACCUAGAAUUGUGAUUAUUUUGGGAAUGGAACCUAUGUAUUUUUUUAUCUUUUCAUUGCAUGGCUAAUCCUGAUGCUAACGUGCGCCAAAAUUACCAACCACCCAAUUCAUCAUUGACUCUUCUCACACAGCUCCAACAACAACCCAACAACUCUCCAUUAAGAACCACCACUACUGAAGACCCAUCACCAAAAUCACCCCAACCCCCCUUCACAGCAACCAUUGCUUCACGGUCAAGAGGCGGCGCAACCUCCAGCAAGCAUCCGAAUUUUCGAGGAAUUCGGUGCCGGAGCGGGAAAUGGGUAUCCGAAAUACGCGAACCACGAAAGACCACGCGCGUAUGGCUUGGGACGUACCCAACUCCGGAAAUGGCUGCGGCGGCUUACGAUGCAGCGGCGCUGGCUCUGAAAGGCCCCAACUCCCCGCUCAACUUCCCAAAAUCUCUUCUUUCGUAUCCCGUGGCGGCUUCUUCGUCGGCGAUUGAUGUGCGUGCGGCGGCGGCGGCGGCGGCGGCUGCAGCAGCCAGACUACCGAGGCAGAGCGGGCCGGUUGAGAACACGUGUCAAACUCGUACGGAUUCCGGGCAAGCUUUUUUUAUGGACGAUGAGGAGAUUUUUGACAUGCCGAAUUUGCUGGUGGACAUGGCGAAGGGAAUGCUGAUGAGCCCGCCGAGGAUGAUGAAGCCGCCCCCGUCUGAUGAUGACUUACCGGAGAAUUCUGAUGGAGGAAGCUUAUGGAGUUAUACUUAACCCGUCCCAUCAAUUAAAAAGACAAAGCUAUAAAUAGUGGAAAGUAAUAUAAAUAAAAGAUUAUUCCACCAUGUUGGGUGGUACAUGUACUACUUGGUUGUUUUAUUUUUUAUUUUUUUAUUUUCUUCGAUGUCGGUAUAUUCUGAAGCUGAUUGGGUUCCUAUAGGCAAUAGGUAAUGAGAAAUAUGAAGAGUUGAGGAGGAUAUUUUAAUAUAUUAAUGAAAUUAAAUAUUAUACAAAAAUAAAAAAGUGAAAAUUUUGUAGAGGAACCAAUAAACAACCCACCAAAGCAAGACAAAUAAACAACUAAUAAAAGACACCCAACCCAUCAACACCCAAACACCCCCCUAAAACAUUAUAUAAAAAAAAAAAAUGAGAACCAUCCAAAAUACCAAAAAUAAAGCUCCAAAAAACAAUUAAAAGCAACAAACCGAGAGAUAAAAAAA